UUAAUAAUUUGACAAACAGUUGGAAGACACUGUAUGUGACACCUUCUAAGAUCUGUGGACUCUUUGGAUAAACCUGCUUUUUGCAUUACAGAUCUUUUAUUUAAAUUUUACACGUUUUGGGGAUUGUUUGGACAUGUAUUCUGGAAGAAAUCUAAAGACAGUUAUUUGCACCAUCUUCUUGUUUAUUGUCCACUCAGCUGAAGCAGAGGUGACCAGAGGCUGUUCUCGCCCAUGCUCAUGCCCUCCGUCUCUACCCUCUUGCCCAGCUGGAGUGAGUUGGGUGUUGGAUGAGUGUGGUUGCUGUAAGGUGUGCGCCCAACAGUUUAACCAAGAAUGUGGCCCUGACCGGCCCUGUGACCACAUCAAGGGCCUGCGCUGCCAUCUAGGGGCCAGAGGGGAACCUCAGCGUGGUCUCUGCAGAGCUGAUUCACAGGGGCGUCCGUGUGAGUUUGGAGGCCUUGUUUAUCAACAUGGGGAGGAUUUCCAGCCCAGCUGUCAGCACCAGUGCAGCUGUAUGGAUGGUGUUGUGGGCUGUAUGCCCCUGUGCCCACACCACGUCACUCUGCCCAGCAGAAACUGUGCCAAUCCUCAUCUGGAGACCCCACCAGGCGGCUGUUGUGAGGAGUGGGUGUGUGAUUAUGAUAACAGCAUCAGAGAAGAACCACCGGACCCCCUGCCUCAUCAGGACCUGACCAACCACGUUAGCAAACUCUUAAAGAAUUUAAACAGCUUCCAGUCCAGAAGGGAGUGGGCAUCCUUGCCAGUGUCUCAGGUUCCUUUCCUGUCCUCUGAAUGUUUCCCACAGACCACCGAUUGGUCAGAAUGCUCCGCCUCCUGUGGGUUUGGCAUCUCAAGUCGUGUGACAAAUAGUAAUGUAGAGUGCAAGCUUGUUAGAGAUACACGCCUUUGUCAGAUCCGAGAAUGUGACAUCAUUCCAGCUAUGAAGAAAGGAAAGAAGUGUCGACGAACUGUGAGAUCUCGGGAACCGGAGCAGAUAACAUUUGCUGGCUGCACUACAGCUCGCCACUGCCGCCCUCGUACGUGUGGAUCGUGCAUAGAUGGCAGGUGCUGUCAACCGUCCGCAACCCGUACAGUGCGUCUGCGAUUCCACUGCCCUGACGGAGAGAACAUGACACGAAAUGUCAUGUGGAUUCAGCGUUGCCAUUGCAGCAAAAGCUACUGUGGACAACAGAGAGGUCGCACACCCACAGUGAGCCUUAGCGAUGAUAUACACACCUUCUCUCAAUGAGCACGCACACGACACACACACACACACACACACAUAUAACUUCAACCCUCAUCACUUUACCAAUACCCACACUCAAACACACACAUACAGUUUAACCAGGGCAGGCCCGUCCUACAGGUGAUACAGGCGGCCGCCUAUAGGGCCCUGACGUGCCUGGGGGGCACAAAGUACAAAGUAAAUGAACAAGUCCUAAGAUUAAAAAACAUUGAUGACUUUUAUUUUGAAAUUCUCCACAGUCCAAUGGAUUCUACCACUCACACAUUUAGGAAAAUGUGCAACACGCCUGGACCUGAUAAUUUAACAUACAAAUUACAAUGACAGUGAAAUAUAAAAACAUCAUAAUACGUAUAAAUGAGCUCUGAAUAAUCACGAAAAGACAAAUAUCUGAAAGUUACAACAAAUUAAAUAACAGGAGUGUAUCUAAAAUCGGCAAGAAGUAAAGCUAAGCAGUACACACUAAUCUGCAUAAUUUAUACAUAACGCUGGGAACUGAAGCGCAGCUUCUUAUAACAGUAUUAUUAGACACAGAUCACACACCUUGCUGACUAAUGUGCAAGCCUUACAGAAAUGCAGGAAAUAAGUUUUGAAAGAUAUUGCUUUGUGGCAAUUUGAGCCUUUGAGGCUUAUUUUGUGUAGAGGAUAGCAGAAACAGCACUUGUCAAAUCAUUAGGGCUUUUCACGUUUUCUCAAGAAUAAUCUACUGGGGAAGGAAUUCGGACACUGCCGAUAUAAAGAUGCAAAAAAAACUCACAUAGUGUGAAAAUAUGAGCAAUUAAUCUGGAAAGUAACCAAACCAUCCUAUCUACAAAGAUCUCUGCUCUCUAAGAGUUAUUUGUUUAUUCUUUACAUUUGUUUACAAAUAUAUAUUUCGAGGUGUUGUGUUUAUGAGCCCUAUUUGAAAUAUGUAAUUUUAUUUAUACAUAAUUAUAGAAUUUAUACAUUUAUUUAUACCCCCUAGCUGUAUUUUCCCUGAUGUUUUAAUUUUUAUUCACUUCUGCACAUAUUCUGGCCAACUUUUUGUUUUCAUAGAUUU